AUGUGUCGUAUAUUUUCGAUAUUUUCAUUUUUAACAUUUGUUGGAUUCUCAUUAGCGGCUGUGAGGUGUUAUAAAGGUAAGAUUCAAUUUCAGAAAAAUAUGUAAUUUCGAAAUUUCAGGAUUUUCUGGAGAUGGAAGAGCAUUUAAAGAUCGACUCUGUACGACGGAUUUUUGUUUGAAGUGAGUUGUAUUUUUGAAUAGUGCAUUCAAAAAUAAUUCUGAAAAAAAAGAAGACCGCCAAAAUUUUGUGAAACAUUCAAAUAAUUGAUUUUCAGAACAACAGAACGAGACGGCGGAGCCUAUUAUGGUUGCGAUGAUUUCACACCAUUUUGUACUGUCAGUAAAGCUUUAUAGUCUGCUUUAAUUAAAAAAUUUUCAGCGUGAUGAAUGUGUUACAACUUCGAGAAACGCUGAAGUUUGUUGUUGUAGCACAGCUCUUUGCAAUGCAUCUAUCAAAUUCUGGAAUCCAACAACUAUUUCUUUAAUUUUGUCUCUGUUGAUCUCUUAUUUUUUCUGGAAUUAA